AGGUUAGCAGCCUGGCUCUGAGGUGGAAUUAUGCGCUUCAAACGGAUUAAAAGAGAACAAAGAGCUUUUUCCUGCUUUCAGGCAUGAAUCAGGUCACAGUUCAAUGGGAUGUGAUAAUAGCUCUUUACAUAUUCUUCAAUUGGUGCCAUGGAGGAAUUACAAAUAUAAACUGCUCUGGCCGCAUCUGGGUAGAACCACCCACAAUUUUUAAGAUGGGUCUGAAUAUUUCUAUAUAUUGCCAAGCAGCAAUUAAGAACUGCCAACCAAGAAAACUUUAUUUUUAUAAAAAUGGCAUCAAAGAAAGAUUUCAGAUCACAAGGAUUAAUAAAACAACAGCUCGACUUUGGUAUAACAACUUUCUGGAACCACAUGCCUCUAUGUAUUGCACUGCUGAAUGUCCCGGAUAUUUUCAAGAGACACUGAUAUGCGGAAAAGACAUUUCUUCUGGAUAUCCACCAGAUGUUCCUGACAAGGUCAACUGUGUCAUUUAUGAGUAUUCAGGCAACAUGACUUGUACCUGGAAUACCGGGAAGCCCACCUACAUAGACACAAAGUAUGUGGUAUAUGUGAAGAGUUUAGAGACAAAAGAAGAACAACAAUAUCUCACCUCAAAUUAUAUUAACAUCUCCAUUGAUUCAUUACGAGGAGGCAAAAACUAUUUGGUUUGGGUCCAAGCUGAAAAUGUACUAGGCAUGGAGAAGUCAAAACAACUGCAAAUUCACCUGGAUGAUAUAGUGAUACCUUCUGCAUCUAUCAUUUCCAGGGCUGAGGAUAUAAAUACUACAGUGCCCAAGACAAUAAUUCAUUGGGAUAGUCAAACAAAAAUUGAAAACGUUUCCUGUGAAAUGAGAUACAAGGCUACCACAAACCAAACUUGGAACGUUAAGGAAUUUGACACCAAUUUUACAUAUACGCAACAGUCAGCAUUCUACUUGGAGCCAAACACUAAGUAUGUAUUUCAAGUGAGAUGUCAAGAAACAGGUAAAAGCUAUUGGCAGUCCUGGAGUUCACCCUUUUUCCAUAAAACACCUGAAACAAUUUCCCAGGUCACAUUGAAAUCAUUCCAACACGAUACUCAAAAUUCUGGGCUUCUUACUGCUUCCAUCAUUAAAGGACACCUUACUUCUGACGACAGGCAACAAAACUUUGGACUUUUAUUGGGAAUGGUCUUCUUUGCUGUUGUGUUGUCAAUUCUUUCUUUGAUUGGGAUAUUUAACAGAUCGUUCCGAACUGGAAUUAAAAGGAGAAUCUUAUUGCUAAUACCAAAAUGGCUUCAUGAAAACAUUCCUAAUAUGGAAAACAGUAAUGCUGCGAAAAUGCUACAGGAAAAGAGUGAAUUUAUGAAUAAUUCCAGCGAACAGGUCUUAUAUGUUGAUCCAGUGAUUGCAGAGAUAGAAAUCUUUCUCCCAGAAGAACGCAAGCCCACAGACCACAAGAAGGAGAAGAACACAGGAUCCCUGGAGACGAGAGGAUGCCUGCAAAAGUCAUUACUCACCAGUACUACGGUUGGGUAUAUUCCUGAUCUGAGCACUGGAUAUAAACCCCAGAUUUCAAAUUUUCUCACUGAGGGAAACCACCCCAGCAAUGACGAUGAAACCGUUUCCUCAACUCUCAAACCAUCAGUUGAUUCCUUAGACCUGGGAAAGAAUGCUCGGUUUGAAAACUCCGAUUUUGCUUUUUCUGUCUCAAGUGUGAAUUCGUUAAGCAACAUACUAUUUCGUGAAGAAUUAAGCCUCAUUUUAAAUCAAGGAGAAUGCAGUCCUCCAGAUAUGCAAAACUCAAUAGAGGAGGAAACCACCAUGCUUUUGGAAAAUGCUCCACCCAAUGAAACAGAACAGACCCUGCUGCCUGAUGAAUUUGUUUCCUGUUUAGGGAUUAUGAAUGAGGAAUCGCCUUGUGUUAAUCCUUAUUUUCCACAAAAUAUUUUGGAAAGCCAUUUCAGUAGGAUUUCACUCUUGGAAAAGUAGAGAGGUAUAGUCAAAAUUAAUGUGGGAAAGCUGCCUUGCAAUCUGAAGUUGGAUCUCCCCCUCAACAUAAAUUUACCUCUGC